AAAGCCUAAUAUAUGAACCAUAGCCACGCACGUCCCGGAGGAGCGUUUCUGGAGAAAGCCAUACAGGAGAUACUAUCGAGCGGCUGAACAGCUACAUCCCGGAAAACUUUACACAUUUACGAAGUUGUGACUUUAAGCUGCUUGAGCUCUGAAAUUCAAACAACAAAACGACGGAGAGAGUAGCAGACCUCUAACUCAAGCUGCUGGGCUUCUCAGGAGAGACUGCCCAAGAAGAAGACUUCUAAAGCCAUUACUCUCUCUCUCUCUCUCUCUCUUUAAAAAGAAGCUUGAACUUAUUUUGCAAGAGGAAGACCCUUAAAAUGACUGUCUUUUGAGUGAAGGCACCGGGAGACCCCGAGGAAGUUCUUCAUCGCCGUCAACUUUGACAAAAGAAGCAAACAAAGACAAAGAAUAUUAGAAGAACGACUAUAUUCCUAACGUCGCAAACAUGGACUCGGGAAAGCAAAUAACGUUCCCGUUGAUGAUGAGUGUUGGGACAGCUGUGAUCGGCUCCCUGCAAUUUGGCUACAACACUGGUGUCAUCAAUGCCCCUCAGACGGUUAUUGAGAAAUUCAUCAAUGACACAUGGCUCAGCCGCUACCAGGAGCAGAUCACCGAGACCUCCCUCACAGGCAUCUGGUCUAUUGCUGUCGCCAUCUUUUCCGUUGGUGGAAUCUUUGGCUCCUUCUCCGUCGGACUCUUUGUCAACCGCUUUGGAAGGAGAAACUCCAUGCUCAUGGCUAACGUCCUGGCAUUCAUCUCAGCUACUCUGAUGGGCUUUUCAAAAAUGGCGGCCUCCUGGGAAAUGCUGAUCGUUGGUCGGUUCGUGGUCGGCCUCUACUCCGGCCUCUCCACAGGCUUUGUGCCCAUGUAUGUGGGUGAGGUUUCCCCGACAUCCCUACGAGGAGCUCUGGGUACUCUGCACCAGCUUGGCAUUGUUGUGGGAAUCCUUAUUGCACAGGUGUUUGGAUUGGAGUUUAUCAUGGGGAAUGACGACUUGUGGCCGCUCCUGCUCAGCUUCAUCUUCAUCCCUGCAUUGAUGCAGUGUAUCCUGCUGCCCAUGUGCCCCGAGAGCCCCCGCUUCCUGCUUAUUAAUAAGAAUGAGGAGAACAGGGCCAAGAAUGUUCUGAAGAAGCUCCGAGGCACCACAGAUGUGAGCGCAGACAUGCAGGAGAUGAAGGAGGAGAGCCGGCAGAUGAUGAGGGAGAAGAAGGUGACCAUCCUGGAGCUUUUCCGCUCACCUCUCUACCGUCAGCCGCUUGCCAUCGCUGUCAUCCUGCAGCUCUCCCAGCAGCUGUCUGGUAUCAAUGCUGUAUUCUAUUACUCCACACGUAUCUUCACUAAAGCCGGAGUGCAACAGCCUGUCUAUGCGACUAUUGGAGCCGGAGUAGUUAAUACAGCUUUCACUGUGGUGUCGCUGUUUGUCGUAGAGCGUGCUGGACGCAGGUCUCUGCACCUUCUGGGGCUGUUGGGAAUGGCUGGAUCUGCCAUUUUAAUGACAAUCGCUUUGGCUCUGCUGGAAAAACUCAAAUGGAUGUCAUAUUUGAGCAUCGUUGCUAUUUUCGCCUUUGUGGCCUUCUUUGAGAUUGGACCUGGUCCCAUCCCCUGGUUCAUUGUGGCUGAACUGUUCUCCCAGGGACCUCGGCCUUCAGCCAUCGCUGUUGCUGGUUUCUCAAACUGGACUGCUAACUUCAUUGUGGGAAUGGGCUUCCAGUACAUAGAGGAGCUGUGCGGCCCCUACGUCUUUGUCAUCUUCACCAUUCUGCUGCUUUUCUUCUUCAUCUUCACCUACUUCAAAGUCCCAGAGACGAAGGGCCGGACAUUUGAUGAGAUCGCCGCCGGCUUCCGUCAGACGGCUGCUGGAGGAGAGAAACACUCGCCGGAGGAGCUGAACAGCCUGGGAGCUGACUCUCAGCUCUGAGUGACUGUUUUUGAAAACUUCUAACAAACUUUCUCUCUUUGACGAAGGAAGGAGCGAGGAGGGUCUACUAACCAACAAGUAGACAGAUUCAUUGGUAGAUUAAUUUUCACGCUUGUCACCACAUUUCGGGCGUCUUUACCAAAUGCAGAGCAGCCCGUGUGAUUCUCCAACAUGAUGUCUUCUGCUGCCCCACACAAUCACUCCAUGGGCACUAUGUCCCCUGGAGCACGUGGACAGGGGAGCUGAGGAUAGAUGGAGGAGGUUUUUAAUAUUUUAAAGAUGUUUUAAAGAAGGAAAAGGAGUGUCUGCAUCAAUCAAACAACCUUUUUAAAGCCUUUUAUCACUGAAUAUAUCACUGAUAUGUGCUUAUGCUCUGUUUUCUGUAGCCUGUUACAGUACAGUCAGAUUUAUUAUCUGGCUUUUAGCUGUUAAAUGUGCUGAAUAUGUGUUGUUAUCAAUCAUACUGUAAAGCUGAAACACUGUAGACUUUAGCACUGUAGAUGCUGCACAGUGUGUCACCACCAGAUGGUGCACUGCCCCUAAAAAAGCCCCCAUACUACCUUCUUUAUAGCUUUAAUUCACUAAGGACACAAACUGUGAUAAGUUGGUAUUUAGCUGUAAGAAUACUUAUUGAUAUUUUUAACAUAGAUUAGUGACACUCCAUGUAUUUUAAAUUUUUUAUUUACUCUUGCUGGACGAUACGUUACUCUUUUUGUCCAUGGAUUUGAUACUUUUCUUGCUAAAAUUAUCAUUAAUGAAAUUAAAAAAACUGUUUCAAGUGCGUCCAGAUAACAUGUAAAGUAAUUAUUUCACCGUUUAUGUAUUUUAACACCAUUCCUUUUAAGGCAGUAUAUUAAAUUAGAGAAUUAUGGCAAUUUUGUGUAAGAGCAACAUCUGCAGAGAUAAAUCAUCAUUUUCAAUCACAAUCAGCUGCCCUGAAACCAAAAAUUCAUCUCACAAAACCUGAUUCUUUGUGAUCUAAAGUGCCUGUCUAAAACUGCUAGCCUCCUUUGCCUUCAGCUGUGUCAUUUUUGAGGCCAGAUUGGCCUGAUCCAGACUGCAGAAGUGUUUCUAAGUGGAAAACCGUCACUUUUUUUGAGCUGAAAUCACCUCACAGUCUGCUCAGAGCUGUCAGGAUCUUUUUUACACAAUUGGAAGCUUGCACGUCUUCUUCUGCAACUUCAUGGCAUCUUCAGAAGAUUAAAAAAAAGAUUUAAAAAAAAAAAGGGGACCAAACUGCCUUUUUGGAAGGUUUUCAUUAUCCUGAAAGUGCUUCUUAACCAGGUCAAACUCCUUUGUGUUCCUUGAGCUCUAUUAUGUGUCCUAAGAGCGGGACAUGCAUUGCUUUGGUGCGAGGUCAUUUUGUGCCUUGUGCAUGACAUUUCUGCAGCAUUGUCAGCUUCCUCGCUCUCUCCUUUAGCUGUACAGAGUAGCUGGUGACAAACAUUUGUAGUCUCACUUUGCCCUGCUGUACUACGACUGCUGUAUCACUUCCUCUUUUCAAGUGCAUUGUUCAAGGAAAGUUAUCUUUUUUAGCAGCACUUUAUUAUUCAUAGUUCUUUGUUACUGUUGUGUUUUUUUACUCAGUGUGGAAUCGUUGUUACUGAGGAGAGACUGAAGUACUGCUGAUGGAUUACUUGAUGUUUUUGAAAUGGAAAUGUGUUAAAAUGUGUCAUUUGUUCUUAUCUAUUACAGCCUUGCAUGGAGCACGUUUUGGCUGACUUUUUUAAACAAACAUGGUAAUAUUCAGGGUCUAACACGAACGUCAAAUGAAAUGAAACACAGCAGUCAAAUUUAUCAUUCCACAUCUGGUUGUUAACGCUUGUAUAUAGUAGAUCUUUAUUGUGUAUCUUUUCUUAUUUGAGGGGUCAUGUCACCCAUCCUAAAAAGCACUGUACCACCCACUCUGUGUGCCUUCUCACGGCCUUCACGUUAUCCUCACCAGCAAUAUCAUGUAAUAGCACCAAAAAAGAAACAUUUUCCACACUCACAGAUGUCUUUUUAAAAUAUAAAACUGUAUUUUUAUGUACAUAAAUAAAUCCACAAGUCUGCAGGGGCAUUUAAUAUGUAAUGAUGUCUGUAGCCUUUGAAAUCUCCUUAAAGCACAAGUUUGUGGUUUUAAACACACAUGCUGUAAAUAUGAAACACAUCGGUCUAACUCACUCCAAAUUUAUGAAAUAUUUAACUUUUUUUUCAUAGGUAAGUUAAUUAUUAGGGUGCAUUGAGCUUUCACACUUCUUUAUUCUUUUUGAUUUUAUGUCUAAAGAUAAGUUGUGGCCUAAUAUUGCUAUCAUAAUUGUAAUUCAGAUUUUACAUGUAAUGAGAAAAAUUCAGUAGUGUUUUCAUGUUAGUGCACAGAGUGUAUUUUAAUAUUUGUAAUAAUUAAAGAUCUGUGUGUGCUGUGUUGGAAUGUCAGCCCUGGUGGGGAGAAAGGAAAUGUGAGGGAUGCUGUCCUGAACAGCUCCAUAAAUGUGUAUACGUGGAUAAAUGGCUGAAUAAAAGAAAUCCUG